CUGCGAGGUCAAUAGCAACAGAAAACGUGGAUGAACCUUUCCAGGAUUUCCAGGAGUUCAGGAUUCUGAUGGCCUUGCGGUGGACCGCUAUCACACAGCCUUACUGUGCUGCAAGGCAGGUUGGGAUAUCUGUGUCGUCCUCGCCAUGCAGCGCCUCCGAUGGUUUUUCCAUGGGGACCAAACUCUGCCCAGAUGAUGAGCAGAGGUCAGGGGUCAACGGGGCUGUAAAAAAGUUUUUUAGUUUUUGUCAAGAAAUUGUUUCAACAUGAGCUGCCAUGGAGAAUAAAACACAAAAAAGGCUAAAAAGAAGUAAAAGUAAAAAAAACACUGUGAGUUCCACCGUCCACACAUGGAGAACCUUCCAGGAGGAACCAACCAAAACAAAAGAAGGAGACUUCUGGAGAAACAUCUGGAGGAUCUUAGACCUUCAUCAAACUUACAGGACUGUAGAUAACAGCCAAGCAUGGGGGUGGGAGAGUGAUCGUGUGGGAUCUGGUUAACAAGUUGUUACCAUUGAAAUGACACUAAUGUUGAUAUAUGCUUGAAACAUAGAUAGUGGGUUCUGCAGCAGAAAAAUGACCCAAACCAUCCACUGAUCUGCUGGAGAACCAACAGUUUCUCUGAUAUUCAUUAAAAAUCAACGCCAGGUUUCUGUGAUGGAGGUGGUGGGGGGGUGGAUGUAGGAAAAGCCAGCAAGGUGGGGGCCAAUUAGUGACUACAGAAAGGAGGUGGAGGAUCUCUGCGGCCUCGUUGGGCUGGAAGCACCUCCCAGAAGAAAAACAAUAACUACUUGGAUGGAAAACGGAGAAUCUGGUGGACGUUCUGAGCGGCGGCGGCGCUCACCUCCAUCAGCCAACGCCACGCCAUGAAUAAUGCAGGAGGGAGGAGAUGGAGGGCACUGGGCGUGUGCUCACAAGAGAGAGGUGUACCUCCCCCCUCCAGCUCCUCCUCUCCCCUCCCCUCUCUUGUUCACCCAACCCCCUCGCUGCCGGCCGCACUGCAGAAGGUCGGAGGGAGGAGAAGCGGAGGAGCCGGCCUGAGGGAGGCGCGAGGAGGGGAGCAUGCGGACAGGAGAGCCAUGACGACCAUGCUGAGCCCGAAGAUCAGACAGACCCGGAGAGCCAGGUCAAAGAGCAUGGUGAUGGGGGAGGUGUCGCGGGGUCCCUGCCGGCCGGGGUCCCCCGGCCUCCAGGAGGGGGCGCUGAAGGCCGGGUGGCUGAAGAAGCAGCGCAGCAUCAUGAAGAACUGGCAGCUGCGCUGGUUCGUCCUGCGCUCAGACCAGCUGUUCUUCUACAAAGACGAGGAGGAAACCAAACCGCAGGGCUGCAUCCCUCUGCAGGGGUGUCAGGUCAACGAGCUCGCAGCCAACCCGGACGAACCAGGAAGACACCUGUUUGAGAUCGUACCAGGUGGGACAGGGGAGAAGGACCGGACCCCCAUCAGCCAUGAAUCCGUUCUGCUCAUGGCAAACUCCCAGACGGACAUGGAUGACUGGGUCAAGGCCAUCCGCCGAGUCAUCUGGGCGCCGUUUGGAGGAGGGAUCUUCGGCCAACGUCUAGAAGACACGGUGCAGUAUGAGAAGAAGUUUGGUCCUCGGCUGGCUCCCCUCCUGGUGGAACAGUGUGUGGACUUCAUCAGAGAAAGAGGUCUGGAUGAAGAGGGUCUGUUCCGAAUGCCGGGACAAGCCAACCUGGUCAAAGAACUGCAGGAGGCCUUUGACUGUGGAGACAAGCCUUUGUUUGACAGUAACACAGACAUUCACACCGUUGCAUCUUUGCUAAAACUGUACCUUCGAGAGCUGCCAGAACCAGUCAUCCCGUUUUAUCAGUAUGAGGACUUUCUAACCUGUGCACAGCUUUUGGCCAAAAAUGAGGAGGAGGGGGUCCAGGAGCUCGGGAAGCAAGUAGGCACUCUACCUCAGCCCAACUACAAUCUUCUCAAGUACAUAUGCAAAUUUCUUGAUGAGGUCCAGUCUCACUCCAAUGAAAACAAGAUGAGUGUCCAGAACCUGGCCACAGUGUUUGGACCAAACAUUCUACGACCCAAGAUGGAGGACCCAGUUUCUCUCAUGGAAGGUACUUCUUUGGUCCAGCAUCUGAUGACGGUCCUCAUUAGAGAACACAAACGGUUAUACACGAGAGAGGAACAGGAGGGAGCCGCUUUACCCCAAACUGAAGUACCCCUCCAUGGUCACCAGCUCCAGCACCGCAGCUUGGGGGCUUGGAUCUCAGAGGAGGACCUCCGCACCUGCCCCAUAUCCAACCCCAACCAAGAGCUGGAUAGCAGUGCCUCUUCCCUGGAUGCCAGACUUUGUGCAGCUGUCCCACCUACACAAGCACCCAACCCAAACCAUGGACCAAAAGGGGCAUCUUCGGCAGGGAAAGGGGAGGUUAUGGUUAGCCCAGGUAAACAGGUCAAGGCCACGCCAUCCUGGAAAUACUCCUUCAAAGGUUCUUCUGUGCCUCGUUCUCAGACACAGGCCAAGCAGUGCAACACAGUGGCAGAAACGACCAGCACAUCUGGUGGGGGAGGGGGCGGUAACUGGCUCAUGAAUGGCUUGUCAUCUCUCAGAGGGCAUCGGCGUACAUCCUCAGGGGAGAGGUCCGCCCGUGAUCGGGACUCCACUGGUUCCUCCCAGAGACUCUCCACCUAUGACAACGUCACUUGUUCUUCCAGCACCGGGAGUGUCCCAAGUGUUUCCAGCACACCGUGGUCCACCUCCUCCUGUGAAAUCUCAGUGCCUGACUCUGAUGGUGAGCGGGUAGCCCCCCGGGACAUAAGCGGUGCCGUUGAGGCUGCCAAUAAAGGAGAGUGGGUGGAGGACCAGAGGGAGGAUGAAAGGGAGAACGAUGGAAGUAUGAUAAUGGAGCCGAGCUCGGAGCAGGACAGCUGUGAGGCCAUGGAGCUGUGCAGCAGCAGCGCAGCCUGCAGCGAGAACGGGAGCGGUACCCAAACAACCAUGGCGCCAUUCAUCAUCACGACUGAGGAAGGGGAAGGGACUGACUUCACGCUGGGCAUUCUAGCGGAGGAGCUGAAGGAGGAGCUGCGAAAGCAGAAGUCCACCUAUGAAGCCAGGAUUCAGAAACUGGAGGAGUCCAGCGCUGCUCUUUGUGCUCAGAUGGAGCGUCUGGAACAAGAGAUGGAGCAGGAGCGAAAGAAGCAACAGAUGCUGGAAAUCAAGCUCCGAAACUCAGAGCGCGCACGAGAAGACGCAGAGAACCGAAACAGACUUCUGGAGAAGGAGAUGGAGGACUUCUUCACAACGCUGGGAGAUCUGGCCAUGACUUCAAGGACAAGCAACAUUUGAGACUUUGCGUCCUUUUGUUUGAUCUCCACGUUGAGGCCACCAGCGGAGUUCCAUGUCCUCCUUUGUGCAUCGACCAGGAAAUCCUAACAAGUGCUGGAUGUCUGCAUCAGGAACGUCUCCACCAAACUCAGCUCUUUUGCAUGCUUGAAACAGAAUGUUGGGAGGACCGUGAGGACUCAAGGAAUGUGUCACGAUGGCCGUUUCUGAAGAACAUGGACCGAUAUCUUUUCACUGUGACUUGUUGAAGGCCUUCUAAAGCAGGUUAACUCACAAAAGAUUGUCCAAAAGUUUGUAUCCCCUUAUGGUUUGGUGCAUUUUUCUGGUGGGUCCAUGAUCACAUCAUCUGGAAUGGCCGUGCCUCAGAAUAAGCAGCGCCCAAUCGUUCAGUCAGUUCUGAAAUUUAGGAGGAACUGAAAGAAUUAUUCAAAAUUCCAUCCCUUAAGUACCUGGUCCAACUAAUUUGAGAUAACCCUCUCUUCUGCAGAAGGUUCUGGACUUGCAUUGGUCUACAUUUUCACUGCCAGUAUUUUUUGCCACAUUUUACUGUAGGAUUACACUUGUAUGCUGUAAUCACAGGAUUUUCUCAGAGAACCAACCGUUUUCAGGCAGUUUCUGUUGGAAAUAACAGGUGGGACUAUUGCUGCGGCCGUUUCAGGGUAACCAUUGCUGUUCUCAGGCCCUUUCAGUGCCUCGCUCAUUACCGCCUGCCCGCUUUCAGCUGCAGACUCAGCUUCUCGCCAACUCGAAAUGCCUUUUUGCCGAACGGUCUUUCGCCGCAGUAAACACCAAAACCGGACCACAGCUGUGCACUCUCACGGCGGCCUUCUAGAAGCUGAACACUGCCAUCAAGAAAGAACUGGAGAUUUCUGGUUGUGUCUUCGGGAAACGUUGGAACGCGUUAUGCCAGUAAAUGUUCCACUAAUUUCAGAGUGAAAGAGCAAAAUGUCAAUUUUCUUAAAGAUGCCAGUUUUAUUGAAAAGUUGGAGAAAGUCUUACAUCAAGAAUGUAUCCUUGAAUGUGACGCCCUGAUAAGGAAACCGGUGGGACGACAUAGAAAAGAGGGACGAAAGAAGCUGAAAUCAAUAGGUACUGCUGGUUAAUAAAAGUGAGUUUUUCUCUAUUCAAAUCACUGUGAAUCAGAAGCAGAUGAAAAGAUGUUUUUUUAAAAAGUUUGUCGUUUGUGACUUAGAUAAUACACGAUGGGCGGGCCACAAGCUCCCGGCUCCGGUCCAUCCUGAUGCCUCCACUUCUACACGACCAGAUCCAUGAACUGUACUUUCCGCACUGUAGGCACACAGUCUCAGCAACAGAAAGGGGGCGGGGUUACUCCACACCAACAGUUCACGCCCACAUGUUAAAAAGGAUUUUCUAAUGAACUCCUGCUGCUUUGUGCUACGACAGAUUUCUCCCCCCUGGCCAAAAACCGCAUAAUUUGCAGUCAAAAACCACUGGGUACGCUUUGAAAAUAGAUCAACAGAUGACCGGAGUGGGUCUUUGAUGGACCUGUCACAAUAUGCCUCUAAUUAUGAAUCAUUUUUGUGUUCAGAGGCCGUUCAGUGUGAAAGAACUUGGAAUGACUUUAGGAGCUCACCAGUGCAGACUGUGAUGGUCUAGAACAACAGGUACUGUCAUUCCUACAGAAUCCCCCCCCCCGUUAUGUUCCUCUAUGUUUGUCCUGCUAUGGUGCUUAUUUAUUACAGGUUGUCUGUUGUGAUGAAUGGAAUAAAGAUGACCACUGUUACCAGA